AUGGGUGGAUUUCGUGCUGUUGAGGAUCGGCCAACGCCGAAAGAGGUGUACAAUUGGCGGUUAUACUUUGAGGCCGCAAUUAUUGCUACCGGUUCUCUACUCUUUGGCUAUGAUGGCGCAUUCAUCGGGACGACCAUUGCUCGCGCAAGUUUCAAAAAAGACUUUGAUAUCCUACCGGCCGAAGCGAGUAGCAUUUCGAGCAACAUCACGUCUGCAUUCCAAGCGGGCGCUUUCUUUGGAGCCAUUUUUUGCUUCUUUAUCACCGAAAAGAUUGGUCGAAAGUGGGCGCUGUUCACUUCCAAUGUGGUGUUUCUUAUCGGCGCAGUUGUUAUGACGGCUGCAACACAUUCACUAUCAAAUAUAUAUGCUGGUCGAGUCCUCACUGGGCUUGCCUGCGGUGGCAUCACUGCGACGGUCCCAAGCUACAUCGCUGAGCUUUCCAUCCCUUCUAUCCGCGGUAUUCUGACUGGUCUUUUCGAAAUUGCGUACCAAAUAGGAUCUGUCAUUGGCUUUUGGAUCAACUAUGGAAUCAAUCAGAACAUGGACCAAAGUUCAACGGCCUCAUGGCGCAUUCCCAUGGCAGUUCAAAUUAUCCCCUGUGGCAUGCUGCUACUUGGAGGCGCGUUUCUACACGAAAGUCCUCUAUGGCUUUUCCGAAAUGAUAAAGUCGAAGAAGGAACAAAAGCAUUGGAACAAAUUCGUCAACUGCCACGAGAUCACAAGUACAUAGAAGAAGACAUUCAAAUGAUCCGGAGUCGCCUUAUGGAGGAAGCCGACAUUGCAGGUAGAUACGGUACUGGAUCAUGGGCCCUCUUCCGUGGAGCCUUGUAUGAACUUUCUCGCAAGGGCAUGCGCAACCGUGUUAUUCUCGUAUUCUGCUCUUUUGCCCUUCAAAAUAUGUCUGGAGCUGCAGCUAUUAAUUACUAUUCGCCUACGCUAUUUACUUCCUUGGGAAUCACUGAUGUCUCUCUAUACACUGGCAUCUACGGCCUUGUCAAGGCAGUUGCUUCAAUCAUCUUCUACGUCUUCCUAAUCGAUAUAUGGGGCCGCCGACAUCCAACUAUUCUCUCUUCAAUUGCUUGUUCACUAUGUCUCUGGUUCAUCGGCGCAUAUGUCAAGAUUGGACAUCCAGCCGACAUCAUCAAGGCCGGAAACCAGCUUUCACCAUCCACCGCAGCUGGUGGCAGAGCCGCAACUGGCAUGAUCAUGAUAUACUCCGUCUUCUGGUCUUUUGGACUCAAUGGAAUUCCUUGGAUCGUUGCAGCCGAAAUCUUCCCAGGAGCUUUACGUAACUUUUCUGGAACCUGGGCGGCACUUUGCCAAUGGCUUACACAGUUCGUCAUUACAAAGGCACUGCCGUACAUUUUUGCCUCUCUGGGCUACGGCACCUGGUUCUUCUUCGCGUCCUGGAUGCUACUUGCAACUAUUUGGGCUUUCUUCUUUCUUCCAGAAACGAAAGGCAAGACUCUGGAUGAAAUCGACGUUAUCUUUGGAUAUGCCGAAGACAGAAGACAAUUUUUCCCGGAGCCAUCAAAUGCCGAUAUUAUCAAGGAGGAUGCGGAAGUAUUCACAAAGGAGUAA